UUCAAAACAAACAUACCCUCUAUCUUCCAACCCUUCAUUCCCAAUCCCCCUUCCAUGAUGUGAUAAUUCUCUUAUUCUUUCUCUCUAUAUUAUCUCUGCUUCACAUUUCACAAAACCAAACUCACUUUAUCGUUUUUUAUUCAGAUUUCAAUCAAAAACAAUCAUGGCCGAAGGAGGAGAUAACGGGUCUCCAAAAUCUUCGCCAUUGACGCCAUAUGAAGAAGCAUUGGAAGCCUUGUCAUCUUUGAUUACCAAACGCACUCGGGUUGGUGAUGUCAACAUGGAGGAGCGAUUCAGCGUGCUAUUUCAGUAUUUAAAGAUGCUUGAGUUGGAGGAGGCAAUUUCAAAUAUGAAGAUUAUUCAUGUUGCUGGUACUAAAGGGAAGGGAUCUACAUGCACCUUCACAGAAUCUAUAUUACGUAACUGUGGUUUUCGCAAUGGGCUUUUCACUUCUCCUCAUCUAAUUGAUAUACGAGAAAGAUUUCGUUUAGAUGGUGUGGAAAUCUGCGAAGAGAAAUUUUUAGCAUAUUUCUGGUGGUGUUAUGAUAGACUAAAGGAAAAAACUGAUGACAGUGUUCCUAUGCCUACCUUUUUUCACUUCCUUGCUUUACUCGCCUUCAAGAUAUUUUCAGAAGAGCAGGUGGAUGUUUGCAUAAUGGAGGUUGGGUUAGGUGGCAAAUACGAUGCAACAAAUGUGAUGCAAGCACCUAUUGUGUGUGGUAUAACUUCUCUUGGGUAUGACCACAUGGAAAUUCUUGGGAAUACGCUUGGAGAAAUUGCCGGUGAGAAGGCUGGAAUCUUCAAGCAUCGGAUUCCUGCAUUUACAGUGACUCAACCUGAUGAAGCAAUGAAUGUACUUAAAGAUAAGGCUUCUCAGUUGAAUGUACCUCUUCAAGUGACAGCCCCAUUAGAUGUCAAAUUACUAAGUGGUUUAAAACUAGGGCUUGAAGGUCAGCACCAAUAUGUAAAUGCAGGUCUUGCUGUUGCAUUAUGCUCUACAUGGAUGAAUAUAAAUGGACAUCUCGAAGAGACUCAUUUGAAACAGAUUCAACACACUUUGCCAGAGCAGUUCGUAAAAGGUUUAGCAACCGCAAGUCUGCAAGGAAGGGCUCAGAUUGUUCGUGACGAACACAUCAACAAUGAAAUAUCAAAUGAACUUUUCUUCUUUUUAGACGGGGCUCACAGUCCUGAGAGCAUGGAAGCGUGUGCAAGGUGGUUUUCUCUUGCAAUCAGAGACCAUAACCUGACCUUGUUUUCUCAGAAACCUGAUCCUUCCAAGUUCUCAAAUGAAGUGGUGAAGACGCACGGAGGUGAAGCACAAAAAUCUGCGCAGAUUUUGCUGUUCAAUUGCAUGUCUGUACGAGAUCCUCAAAUUCUUCUUCCUCACUUGAUGAAAACUUGUGCUGAUCAUGGUGUGUACUUCAAGAAGGCACUAUUUGUACCUGGUUUAUCAUUGUACCACAAAGUUGGAUCCCAUGCUUUAACACCAACUGAUUCUAACAUUGACCUGUCAUGGCAGUUCACUCUACAAAAAGUGUGGGAAAAUCUCAUGCAAGGAAACAAAGGCAAGAAUAACGGUGUGGCUUCUGAAGAUUUAACUGGUAUGGAAAUGAGUGUCAGCAAUUGCGAACACAGUGCAGUAUUUUCGUCAUUGCCGCUGGUUAUCAAUUGGCUUAGGGACAGAGUGCAACAGAACAAGUCAACUCGCUUUCAGGUCCUUGUAACUGGUUCUAUACAUCUUGUUGGUGACGUGUUGAAAUUAAUCAAGAAGUGAUUUGUUGGACUAAAUUGAAAACUUUGUUUAUUUUCUGAUUUCAAAGUAAUGAAGUGCCAUUAUUAUUUUCGAUGGGAUCGAAUGAGAUAUUCGUGUCUUUCACGCCUCAUUGUGAGUUGAGUGGUUCCGAAACUGCUAAUAGAAUGUUAUCAACACAAGAACGUCUUGGCUUUUGGACCUGGAUACAUUGGCUUAUAUAAGCAUCAGCCUGUAAGCUGUCUUCGUGGGAUCUUUCAAUCUUCAUGACAUAGUAGUUAAAAAAGAAAGGGGCCGUCAACUUCAAGAGUUUGGGAUGUUUCUAUUCAAUGUAGAAUUCAUCAUCAUGCACAUCCCUAUUGUGAUAAUCAUUCGGUGAGUCACAUUGCAGCCAACCGCCUUUCAUGAAAGGACAAAAUAUAUCAAAAUUGAUUAGAAAAACUCAAUGCAACUCUUCCAGUUACUACCCCAACUUGUAGACAUUAAAAAUUGAUUAGCUAAUUUGUGUAUGGUUUUGCGUCCA